UCUUUAUAAAUUCUACUUUUGAAUCCUCUUUUGGUUAUAUGUGUUAUGUUGUUUUUCCCAGUCUUGGCUUGUCUUUUAGAUGUGUAUCUUGUCUUUUCCCAUACAGAAGUGUUAACUUUUUGUGUGUGUGUGAUCUUACUCUGUUGCCCAGGCUGGAGUGCAGUGGUGUGAUCUCAGCUCACUGCAACCUCUGCCUUCUGGGUUCAAGCGAUUCUCCAGCCUCAGCCUCCUGAGUAGUACUACAGGAACAUGCCACCACACCAGGCAAAUUUUUGUGUUUUUUUUUUAGUAGAGACUGGGUUUUACCAUGUUGCCUAGGCUGGUCUCGAACUCCUGAGCUCAAAGCAAUCCACCAGCCUCGCCUCCAAAUGUGCUAGAUUAUGUAUAAGCCAUCACUCCCGGCCCAGAAGUACUAACUUUUAAUGUAGUCAUAUUUAUCUAUAUUUCCUACAUGACUUGUGCCCUUUGUGUAUUCAUCUCUUAACCUCUAAACACAGGAGUGCCCCGAGGGCUCAGGCUAUGGACCUCUCUAUUUACAUUAAUUCUCAAUCAUCUUGCUUGGUUUCAGGACAUCUGUACCCUGAUGGCUUUUAUGUGUAGCUCCUCCACUUAACUCCAGCCAUACACAAUAAUUUAAAGAGCCCCUACUGACCUAGAUACUAUGUUUCUUCUUCCCCUAUUACCCAGGUUUCUUGAGUAGGGAGUCUGCAGUCACUGCCUCCAUUUCUUCACCUUCCAGUCACUGUUCAACCCAGGGCAGCCUGGCUUUUGUCCCACUAGUCUACUGAUACUGAGAUUUUUUUCUUAAGCAACACAGUCCCCCCUCCGCCCCCCACCCUUUUUUUUUCAAAUUAAGUCUUAUGUGAAAUCACAGUAUAUUAAAUAGAAGAAUUACUUUGGCACUGGGUUGGGGAGGAUCUGGAACCCAAACUGCACCUUCUUCUCAUCUCUCUGAGUUGCCCCAGAGGCAUCUAUACCUUUCCAACUUUUCUAUCCCCAAAACACCCUAAUCUCCAGCGAUACUGAACAAUUCCAUCUCUGGACUUCUGCACAGUGCUCCUUCAUCUUCCUUGAACCUGCCAGGCCUCUCAGCUCCAGGAGCACUUCCCUGCCUUCCUUCCCCUUUAUCACAACUUUUUUUUUUGCGGGGGGGGGGGGGAUGGACUCGCUCUGUCGUCCAGGCUGGAGUGUGCAGUGGCAUGAUCUCGGCUCACUGCAACCUCCACCUCCCGGACUCAAGCAAUUCUCCUGUCUCAGCCUCCCGAGUAGCUGGGACUACAGGCACGCGCCACCAUGCCCAGCUAAUUUUUGUAUUUUUAGUAGAGACAGGGUUUCACCAUAUUGGUCAGGCCGGUCUUGAACUCCUGACCUCAGGUGAUCCGCCUGCCUCUGCCUUCGAAGUGCUGGGAAUACAGGCAUGAGCCACUGCGUCUGGCCUCUUUUUUUGUUCCCGUUAUCACACUGAUAACAUUGAAUUGCAAUCUUUUACUUACACAUCUUCCUUACUAAACAGAGCUUAUAAAGAUCAGAGAUCCUCUAUUUUCCCCCUUAAUCUCUUUAAUGUAUAUAAACAAUGGAAUGAAUAAAUCAAUGAAUGAAUGUCUGAGGAAACUUAACUACACCAAAGUGUAUUGGCAGACUACCAGACUUUUUAAACAGCUUUAUUAAGAUAUAAUUCACAAACCAUACAGUUCAUAGGGUGGUGCAACCGCCAACACAAUCUAAUUUUAAACUAUGUUUAUGCUGCUACGAGAAAGCCUAUACCCAUAAGCAGUCAUUUUCUAUUCCCCACCCCCAAACCCACUCCUUAGCCCUAGGCAACCACUAAUCUACUUUCUCAGACCGAUAACUUUAGCAUAGGUAUAAAUCGAUCACAGAGCCUCAAAAUCCACCCGCUAUCUGGGCCAUGAUGUGAAAUUUGGUAGGUAAUCGUCCCACGUUAUCAACUUGUAAAGUAGAAAUGGAAGUGGGGGGGAAAACUCAGCCGCCAGUGGCGUUUGUGAAAAGCACCUGGUAACAGGCUGUGCUGGAGGGGAGUUCAGCCCCUAGAAAAGAUCACGGAUUAGGAAUUACAUAAGCAUAGGUCUCGGGCCCUUUUAUUUUGGACGCGAUCCUUUCACGGGAUCGCCUCCGGAUGGGAGCCGGAUGGGAUCCCGGACGGGAUCGUCUCGCUGGGAGUCAUGCAGGAAACCGCAAGACUCACAAACAGGCGUUGAAGGCAGGCGGCAUUUUCCAAAACAGCUGUGUCUCAGGAGCUGCCGCGCUGUAGCGUCUCCCCGAGUCGCGCGCGCAUGACGUGGCGGGCGCGCGAUGACGCGACGCGUGGCGCGGUGCACGCUGGGAUACUUAAGUCUCCUCCGCGGCGCGGAGCCGCGAUGUCUCCGGCGGCUGCGGCGGCCGGAGCAGGCGAGCGGCGGCGGCCGAUAGCGAGUGUCAGGGCCGCGGGCCGGGGCUGCGGCGGGCCGGCCGGGGCGGCGCUUCUCGGCCUGUCGCUGGUCGGCCUCCUACUGUACCUCGUGCCUGCUGCGGCUGCGCUGGCCUGGCUGGCCGUGGGGACUACCGCGGCCUGGUGGGGACUGAGCCGCGAGCCCCGAGGUUCGCGCCCCUUGUCCUCCUUCGUUCAGAAGGCGCGACAUCGGCGAACCUUCGCUUCGCCUCCGGCCAAGUCGACAGCCAACGGAAACCUCCUAGAGCCGCGGACCCUGCUCGAAGGACCUGACCCUGCCGAACUGCUCCUCAUGGGCAGUUACCUGGGCAAGCCCGGGCCGCCGCAGCCCGCCCCCGCUCCGGAGGGCCAGGACCUGCGGAAUAGGCCUGGCCGCCGCCCACCCGCCCGCCCGGCGCCGCGCUCCACACCGCCCUCCCCGCCGACCCAUCGCGUUCACCACUUUUACCCCUCUCUCCCCACUCCUCUUCUCCGACCCUCCGGGAGGCCUUCCCCACGGGAUCGUGGGACUUUACCAGAUCGGUUUGUAAUAACACCUCGAAGACGCUAUCCGAUCCAUCAGGCCCAGUAUUCCUGUCUGGGGGUACUUCCCACAGUGUGCUGGAAUGGUUAUCACAAGAAGGCUGUGCUGUCCCCUCGCAACUCCAGGAUGGUGUGUAGCCCAGUGACUGUGAGGAUCGCCCCUCCUGACAGAAGAUUUUCGCGUUCUGCGAUACCAGAGCAGAUAAUCAGCUCAACACUGUCCUCACCAUCAAGUAACGCCCCAGACCCAUGUGCAAAGGAGACUGUACUGAGUGCCCUCAAAGAGAAGAAGAAAAGGACAGUGGAGGAAGAAGACCAAAUAUUCCUUGAUGGCCAGGAAAAUAAAAGAAGCUGUCUUGUCGACGGUCUCACUGAUGCCUCUUCUGCAUUCAAAGUUCCCCGACCCGGGCCAGAUACACUCCAGUUCACAGUGGAUGUCUUCCACUUUGCUAAUGACUCCAGAAACACGAUAUACAUCACCUGCCACCUGAAGGUCACCCUAGCUGAGCAGGACCCAGAUGAACUCAACAAAGCCUGUUCCUUCAGCAAGCCUUCCAACAGCUGGUUCCCAGUGGAAGGCCCGGCUGACAUCUGUCAAUGCUGUAACAAAGGUGACUGUGGCACUCCAAGCCAUUCCAGGAGGCAGCCUCAUGUCGUGAGCCAGUGGUCCAGGUCUGCUUCCCGUAACCGCAGGCAUGUGACAGAAGAAGCAGAUGUCACUGUGGGGCCACUGAUCUUCCUGGACAGGAGUGGUGACCAUGAAGUAGAGCAGUGGGCUUUGCCUUCUGACACCUCAGUGGUGCUGCUGGGCGUAGGCCUGGCUGUGGUGGUGUCCCUGACUCUGACUGCUGUUAUCCUGGUUCUCACCAGGAGGUGUCGCACUGCCUCCCACCCUGUGUCUGCUUCCGAAUAAAAGAAGAAAGCAAUA